CUUCAUUGUGGGUGAUAAUCUACAAUAAUGUCUCGGCUUCUCUCCAAGCUCUCUCCCCUCAUUCACAAGAGCAGUAGGAGCGUCCGUUCGUUUUCAUCCUCCACGACGGGCCCAUGUGUUUCGAUUGGCAGCAUUAUGGAACCCUCGCCAGACGGCGGCAACCUCGGACAAGUCCUGUUGUUCAACAUACCAGAUUUCAAGUUAGUCAGAGCGGACAAAACAUAUCCCAAUGAGCUUUAUGACUCCCAGUUGGUGGGAGCUUCCCAUGGAUGGGGAUUUUUCUCCAAUAGAACAGAUCGGGAGGAUCAUUGGGUGGAGUCACCUUCAGGCGAAUGUUUCCUUGUCAAAUGGUACUCGGAAUACAACCCUAAAGGGUACGAAGCAUCGACUGUAAUUGUAAUGGUGUUUAGAGAGGAGGACACACAAGCUGGGAGGAAAAACAUGCGUCACACAGAUGACAUUGGAGAUUUGUGCAUUUUCAUUUCUAAAGGAGAGGACUUCUGCGUCAAGGCGAGCUCUUUCCCUGGCCUCCCCCCUAACUCGGUAUUUUUAAAUGGACGUUUGUUUGCGACGCUCAAUAUGAGCAACGGUACCUUCGGUUGCUAUGAAUACCCUCAAGGUACACCAGAAAAAGUUCCCUACUCCCCCUUCUGGCUUCCUCCGUUUUCUCCCUAGUGCUCUCCUUGCUCUUAUUGUCUGUCUUGUUUACCGGAUUUGAAUUGUCAACAUCAUCUAAUUAACCACUUCAUUUGGUAUUUAGGAAAAAUUUCCCGUUAUACAAAUUUGUAGACUUCUUCUGUAAGAAUAUUCUGUGUCACGUAUGUAUGGAAUUUAAGAAUAUCAAGCUAGCUUUGCUCAUCCUAAAAUUACGUAACAAAUUUCUUACAGUUCA